CACUGGCCGGCAAGUGACGUGGAACGCUUUUGCUUUUGCUUUCGCCGUGCAAUGCUAGAGCGUGGAAACAUUGAGUCGUAUUGGUGGAUCGGUAGCUAAAAUGUUGGACUUUGUGGUGAUAUUCACGAAGGGCGGCGUCGUGCUGUGGAACUCGAACGCCUCCAGUAGCAGCUUCGCCUCCUGCAUCAACAGCCUGAUACGUGGCGUCAUCCUGGAGGAGCGCAACACGGAGGCCAAGUACUUUGAGGAGGACCACCUGGCCGUGCAGUUCAAGCUGGACAAUGAGCUGGAUUUGGUCUAUGCGGCUGUCUUCCAGAAGGUAAUCAAGCUCACCUAUUUGGAUGGCUUCUUGGCGGACAUGCAGCUGGCCUUCAAGGAGAAAUUCGGCAGCAUAACGUCCGCGGAGCGUCUGGGCGAGGAGUACGACUUCGAUCGCGAGUACCGACGCGUUCUAAGCGCCGCCGAGCAGGCGUCCGCCAAGCAGGUGAAGGCCCCAAAGGCGAUGCGUUCCUUUAACGAGUCACAAAAGUCCAAGAAGACCGUUGCCUCGAUGCUGCAAGAUGACAAAAAGACCGCCGAGAAGCGUGUAAAUAUCCAGGAGAGCCCGCCGCCACCGUCCACGACGUACCCAUCGUCGUCGUCGCCGCAGUCAAAGCAGGACAUCAUCGCGGAGAGCCGUCGCAAAAUGCGCGAGAAACUGGGGAGCUCCAAGAAGACCUCGCCCAUCGAUACAAAGCCCACCAAGGCGGCUGCCUCUGAAAAGGCGGGCAAGAAGCCGCGCGUCUGGGAUCUGGGAGGCAACUCCAAGGAUGCCGUGCUGCUGGAUCGCUCCAAGGACGCUCCCGAGGAUGUACAGUACCAGAACAUCAACAGUGAGCUGGUGGGGACGAUGCAGGGCGUAAUCCCCGAUUUGGAUGUGGAGAGCGAGGACGAGGCGGAGUCCAGUGGCAACGAGGACGCUGAGGAGGAGUUGGUGCAGUCAAAGACGAACAAACGCAGCGGCGGCGGCGGUGGUCUGCUCUCCUACUUCAAGGGCAUCGUGGGCGCCAAGACUAUGUCACUGGCUGACUUGCAGCCGGCGCUGGAGAAGAUGCGGGACCAUUUGAUAUCGAAGAACGUGGCCUCUGAGAUUGCGGGCAAGCUGUGCGACUCGGUGGCCACCAGUUUGGAGGGCAAGCAGAUGGGUACCUUCGACAGCAUUGCCAGUCAGGUGAAGGAGGCGCUGACACAGUCUCUGGUACGGAUUCUCUCUCCAAAGCGGCGCAUUGACAUCAUACGCGACGCCUUGGAAUCGAAGCGCAAUGGCCGUCCCUACACUAUCAUCUUCUGCGGCGUCAAUGGUGUGGGCAAGUCCACCAAUCUGGCCAAGAUCUGCUUCUGGCUGAUCGAGAACGACUUCAAUGUCCUGAUCGCCGCCUGCGAUACGUUCCGAGCCGGUGCCGUUGAGCAACUGCGCACCCAUACCCGCCAUUUGAAUGCCCUGCAUCCAGCGGCCAAGCAUGAUGGACGCACCAUGGUCCAGCUGUACGAGAAGGGUUAUGGCAAGGAUGCCGCUGGCAUAGCCAUGGAGGCCAUCAAGUUCGCUAAUGAUACCCGAGUGGAUGUGGUGCUGGUGGACACCGCCGGCCGCAUGCAGGACAAUGAGCCUCUGAUGCGUUCCUUGUCCAAGCUGAUCAAGGUGAACAAUCCCGAUCUGGUGCUCUUCGUGGGCGAGGCGUUGGUUGGCAAUGAGGCCGUCGAUCAGCUGGUCAAGUUCAAUCAGUCGCUGGCCGACUUCUCCUCCAACGAGAACCCGCACAUCAUUGACGGCAUCGUGCUGACCAAGUUCGAUACCAUCGACGACAAGGUGGGCGCCGCCAUCUCCAUGACCUACAUCACCGGCCAGCCAAUCGUGUUCGUGGGCACUGGUCAGACAUACGCCGACCUCAAGGCCAUCAAUGUGAAUGCCGUGGUCAACUCGCUGAUGAAGUAGCUGCAUCCUUGUUUAUUUUUUUUUUUCUUUUUUAAAUCUACCUUUGACACCGAAUCAAAUAUAUUGCUUGUGACUAUUUUGUUUGUUGGAUAA